AUGAGCGGACCCGAGUGGAAGAGCAGCACCGGGGCAAAAGUGGGGGAAACCUGGCUCGACCCCAACAUCAAGUGCUGCGAUAAGGAGUGGAUCUCGUGCAAACGUGGCUUGAUCGACGAGAUCAAGUUCAAAUUUAUCCCGAAACUCAAGGGGACUAUCCCGCCGCAGCUCGCCCUUCUGACAGCCCUGGAGGAGAUUGACGUGAGGAACUGCGACAUCACGGGCACGCUGCCGGACACCCUCUUCUCCAGCGACUCUAUCGACAUCUCGCAGACUGACAUCACGGGGACGCUCCCCCCCACCCUCUUCGUCUCCGGCACCCUCAAGAAGUUCGAGGCAUACCACGCCGGCAUCUCGGGCACCAUCCCUCCCACCAUCGGGAUGGCAACGCAGCUCAAGGCGGCUCGAGCCGCCUCUCACGCAUCCCUCUCCCUCUCCACCGCCGCUGACAACUGCAAAUGGAUUCGGGUGAUGGGUGACAACUGGGUCGUGAACCCGGCGCGGGCCCGGAACCCAAACGCGCAGCCAAAGUACGAGAUUCGCAUCAAGAAGAACCGCAUCUCGGGCAGCCUGCCGGCCUCCAUGGCACUCCUCGAUGCUGUCAAGAACAACUUCAGCGGCACCAUCCCGCGCGGACUCCACGUCAGCAAGGAGUGCCGCCUCACCGACGCGGACGAACUUGCGCCUCCCCCCUUCCCGCCGGGGAUGGCCCCCAAGCCGCCCUUCCCGCCGAAGAUGGCGCCCGAGCCGCCGGCCAUCCGGAGGCUGGACGAGCGAGAGGAGGAGGGGCGGCUCGAGGAGGGGGGGGAGGCGGGCUGGGACGCGCCUCUGGGCUACGCGCCAGAGGACGAGGACUACGCAUCGUACAAGGCGCGCAUGCAGCGCAGGCUGCAGCGCGCCGGAUCGGAAUCUGUCAAGAACGAGGCGCCGCCGGCUACGGUGAGCAUCCCUCGCAAGACCCUUGAGGCGUCGACCAUCGGCGUCCACGGCCCGCUCGAUGCGUCAAGGACCAAGGCGGCGCUCGGCGGGCGAGCGGGCGGAGCAAAGCGGCACUGCCUGCUCCUCCAGAGUGAAGGGGCCAUCGACCAGUCCCUCGGCACCUCGCCGAGGAACUCAGCGUGGCCCACGGAGGUCCACUCCACCCAGGUCGCUGACCUCAAGAUGGCCGAGUCGACUGAUCUCUUCUGUGACUUUGCCAACUGGCGGCCCGCCUCCCACUUCACCGACUCCUCGCUGCUCGAGGUCGAAAGGGGAGAGCUGGAGCGGGCGAGUCAGGUGGACACCUGCCAACCCGCCACGGCGGACGGGCGCCCAGUGUUCGAGUCCGGGGAGCAAAAGACCGAGGUGGCGAAGGGGCACCACCCGACCAAGCUGAACGAGAUCAUGCCCGUGAACGUGCCCGAGUCGUGGACCGCUGGGCAGCUCCGAAAGCUAGUUGACUUAGUCGAGACGGGCCUCGUCUGCGCGGGAUCCUUGCUGCUUGGGCGUUCGCGAGUCGCCUCGCUCGAAGUAUCCGUCACACACGUCCGCUUGGCCGCCACCGCGCUGCUCGUCGGCAGGGUGGCCGCGAAUCUCACACCGCCGGCUGGGUCUGGCGAAGUUGGUUCUGGUGAGCAGGGCUCCGGACUUUGGGAGGUGCCGCCGUCGCUGCCGCCUCCGUCUCCGCCCUCGUACCCGCUCGCAUACUACACCGUCACCACGACGCCGGGAUCGUACCCUAGCGAGGUGAGCUGGGACCUCCGCUGCGGCGGUACAGUCGUCCUCUCGUCGGCGCCCUACACCGGCUCAGACCAGUGUGGGCUCUGCCCAGACUUCCAGACCGAGUACGGCGUCUCCCUCUCGCCCGGCGUCGAGUGCGAGCUCCACAUGUACGACUCGUACGACGACGGCUGGAACGGCGCUAGCUGGUCAGGCCUCGGGCAGGAAGGCCUCACCGUUACCUCUGGGUCCGAGGAAGCGAAGUCCUUUGUGGUCGCGUCGUGCGAGCAGGGCUGCCAGUAUGGCCGUUUCACGCACAGCGAGGCGGAGUGCCGGGCAGAGUGCCAGGGCGCCGACGACGCGGGUUGCUUGUACUCGGGACCCGUCGAGCAGAUUUUACACGGCAUGGGAUUGCUCCCCUCGCCGAGCUACGCAAUGUGCGCCGGCUGCCCCGUGAGCUACGCAAUCUACGGCAACAACGAGAUGUGCACCAUCAGCGGCGUGCCGCCGGUUGGGCUGGAGGUGGUCGCCUUUGAUGACUACCUCACCGUCAACGGCAUGAAGUACUGCAGCACCUCGGGGCCGAAUGGCGUGGUGCCGGAAGACGGCGUCAUCGAGUGGAUCUCUGAUGACAGCGAUUCCGGCGGCGUCGUCUCCGCGCAGGCCAGCGGUGCGGUCUCGAUCAUCGGCUCGACCGUGACGGGCUGCUCGGCUGGCGAGCGGGCCACCCGCAUCGAGUCCGAGGUCGGCCUGCAGCCCAAGUUCAAGAUCGUCGUCGGCUUCUACCAGGUGAGCAGCAUCCUCGGCGUCGUCUACGGCGUCCGCCUCGACGAGCACUUUACGCGCUGGCUCGACGUGCUCAAGCUGUUCAGCCUGGACUUGUUCGACGUUGCCAUCCCCGGCCGCUGCAUCGGAGCCAUGAGCACGCGGCUGCUCGUCGCGGGCAUCUGGCCGUACCUCGCCGUCGCCUUCGUGUCUCUCGCCAUUGUGGCCGUGGCGGCGGUCCUCAACGCCAAGCAGAAGCAGGCAUUUGACCACCAGUUGCUCGGCCGCCUCCUUUACUGGGCGAUCUUCAUCUUCUACCUCGUGCUUCCCUCCGUUUCGCGCUCCAUCUUCAGCGCGAGGCUGUGCGAGUCCUUUGGCUACGACGACGCCACAGGCCGGCGCAUCAGCUACCUGCUUGCCGACCCGUCGCUCACGUGCGACGCCGGCCCGACGUGGGACGACGAGACGAGCGGACUCGCGCCGUACUUUUGGGCCUUCUUUGCCCUCUGGCCCGUCCUCGUGCCGCUCGGCUUCCUGGCGCUGCUGCUCCGCGUCCGCAAGCCCGUGGCUGCGCAGCGCGCAACGCCGCUCUCUCGUGCGACGAGCUUCCUCUGGCGGGACUACUCCGCCGGCUUCCUCUUCUGGGAGGUGCUCGACCUGGUCCGCAAGAUCUUCCUCACCUCGAUGGUCCUCUUCAUCGACCAGGAGUACGGCUCCAGGAAGCUGCUGCGCACCGUGGUCGCCGCCAUUGUCUCGGCCAUGUUUCUCACCAUCCUCGCCCUCGCCCGCCCCUACCGGCGCUCCGACGACCUCGGCCUCGCGUGCGUCUCCAACCUGCUCCUCACCUGCUGCUUCGCGUCGGGAGUGGUCGUCCAGCUCUGCGACAGCACAGAGCAGUGCUACGAGCUUGUCGGCUUCAGCGGCUCCCUGGGCGCCACCACCUUUGUCGUCGUCCUCACCGCCGCCAUGCUCGCCGUCUCCCUGGCCGUCAUCCUCGUAUCGGCAAUCAGCGCCGCAAGGGCGAAGACCAUGCGGCUCGCCUCUUCGAAGCGCGAGCCGAUGCGCGACGGCAUCACCCUCGCCGAAGGCCAGCAGUGGCACCUCUUCCUUAGCCACGUCUGGAGCACGGGGCAGGACGCCGUCGCCGUCAUCAAGAACGAGCUCCAGCAGUUCCUCCCCGGCUGCGAGAUCUUCCUCGACGUCGACGACCUAAAGAACAUCGGAGAGCUGGAGGCGUACAUUCGUCGCUCGCAGGUGGUGCUCUGCUUCCUCUCGAAGGGCUACCUGCGCUCGACAAACUGCUUGCGAGAGAUCCGCGCCGCGCUGGAGAUGGGCAAGCCGCUCGUGCUCGUCCACGAGGCAGACCCGGCCAAAGGCGGAGGCACGCUCGCCGAGCUGCGGUCCGAAUGCCCCGAGGAGCUGCAGGCCGCUAUCUUCGACGCCGGCUGGCCAAUGACGGUGUGGCAUCGGAUCGAGGCCUUCCAGCACGUCUCGCUCAAGGUCAUCGCCGAGGCGCUGCUGCUGAAGACGCCUAAGUACGCGGGCGAGGACGCGCUGCCCCUGUGCAUCCCGGGCGAGCUACGAGCUGACGGCCUCGCCUUUCCUAAGCCAGUGGUACUCUGGGCCUCGACCUUGAACGCCGGGGCGCGAGAGCUAGCCAAUGCAGUCGUGGUCGCCGUGUCUGGCGAGAUCUCCGUCACCGACGCACCGCCCUCGCGCCUCUCCUCGCUGCCUCGCGCGAGCGGUAGCGGCGACGAGGCGACGCACAUGCUGCUCUACCUGAAGUGGUCGACAUGGGCCGGAGAUAGCGCAGAGCCUCUCGCAGAGCAGGUGCGCGCCGCGCGCGAGGCCAGAUUGCCAAUCGUCAUGGCGCACGAGAACGACGCCGCGCUCGGCGGCUGCAUCUUUGGGCGCUUUUUUGAGGUGACGCCGCGCGACCUGAUCGCCGAUGGGCUGUACAACGACCUCGCCGUCGGCUGCCACGCAGACCCGCACCGCCAGGUGUCGAUCGCUCACCUCGCACAGGCGCUCGGCGCGACCAAGCAGACGGCCACGUCGCGCGUGCGCCUUGCCACUCUCGCUCGAACGACGCAGACCCGCGGCUCCUCUUCUAAGACGGAGCUGCAGGAGCACUCGGUGGGCGACGAUUCGGUGGGCGACGACCUUGUAGAAGACUGCGAUGAGCCGGGGGCGCAUGCCCAGAUGAGCCAGAUCGUCUGACUUUCACCACCACGCAUGUUCUAUUACUCUUCAUUCACUAGCUAGGAGUACAGC